AUGGUGAACAUUACGGAGAAGAUCAAGGAGAUCGAGGAUGAGAUGCGUCGGACGCAGAGUAAUUUGAUCCUAAUAUUCAAAAUCUCGAUAUCAGAAUAUCAUCUGGGUCUAUUGAAAGGAAAACUCGCCCGACUAAGAGCCCAACUUCUGGAGCCAGUGGGUGGUGCCGGCUCUGGCGGUGGCGUGGGAUUCGAUGUUAGCAAGAGCGGCGAUGCUCGUGUGGCUCUUGUUGGCUUUCCCUCCGUCGGAAAAUCGACUUUCUUGUCUAAGAUCACCAAGACCAAGAGUGAGGCCGCAGCUUACUCUUUCACCACGUUGACGGCCAUCCCCGGUGUGCUGGAGUAUGGUGGUGCUGAGAUCCAAAUCUUGGAUUUGCCCGGUAUUAUCGAAGGCGCCUCCGAGGGCAAAGGACGUGGUCGUCAAGUUAUCUCGGCCGCAAAGGUGAGCAGGCAAUUUCGUGUUAGAUCUGACGACCCAAAUACUGACAUGUACUUCCAGACAAGUGAUUUGAUCUUGAUGAUUCUGGAUGCCACAAAGCGUGCCGAACAACGUGCCUUGCUCGAGGCCGAACUGGAUGCUGUUGGCAUCAGGCUGAACAAGGAGCCACCUAAUAUCUACCUGAAGAUCAAGAAGGCCGGUGGCAUGAAGAUCUCCUUCGCAACACCUCCAAAGAACUUAGAUGAGAAGAUGGUCUACAACGUGCUUCGGGAUUACAAGAUUCUGAACUGCGAAGUGCUAGUGCGGGAUGAGAAUGCUACUAUUGACGACUUUAUUGAUGUGAUCAUGAAAGAUCACCGAAAGUACAUCCGCUGCCUUUACGUUUACAAUAAGGUCGACAGCAUCGGCCUCGAAUUCCUCGACGCACUCGCUCGCGAGCCCUACACAGCUGUCAUGAGUUGCGAACUCGAUCUCGGCGUGCAAGAUGUGGUCGAACGCAUAUGGAAGGAAUUGAGACUGAUGCGUCUGUACACGAAACGAAAGGGAGAGGAACCUAAGUUCGAUGAGGCACUCAUCGUACGCAAGGAUUCCACCAUUGAGGAUGUUUGCGAUCAGAUUCAUCGCACAAUCAAGGAGACGUUCAAGUACGCGCUGGUUUGGGGGGCGAGCGCAAGACAUGUUCCACAGCGUGUGGGACUGUCACACCUGGUUGCUGAUGAGGAUGUGGUAUCCAUAGUGGCCAAGUGA